AACAUUAAGUCAUCAUGAUAGCUUCAUCUAGAUUCCGAACUUUUGGAUUUCGUAAUUCACAUCGUAUUUUAUCAAGUAGAACCUCAAAGUUGAUUACUAACGCCGAUUUUGUCUCGGAUGUUUUUCAAAUUUUAAAUUCAUAGUUCUUGUGAGGCUUAACACACUGUAGUGGAAUCACACACACACAUUAAUCAUGAUUUUACGGUUUGUUAUUUUAAUUGUUUUAAGUACUGUACCACAGCGCACUGAUGGUGAAUCGACCAUCAACGGUAAUACUGGCAUGCUCGCUGACGCCGUACAGUCGCUGCUUCCAGCGCUUGGCAAUACGUUAGGCAUUGAUAACUUGGAUUUGAUUGUCGAUUUUUUUACCCAAAACGGAUCGUUGUCAACGGACGGCGUUGAUCUUUUAACCCCGUUGACUGGGCAAUUUGCUCUUCAAUCAUGGGGUCUGACCCAUGAGUGUAGCCAGGACCUGAUGUUGCUUGUUGAGGACCUCAGGAGCGCGGAACCAUGGACCCUACAAGUACUUGACGCAUUCGGAAAGCCAGACAGCGGGAUCAUGACGGGUCGUAUUUGGUUCCCUGGCGGCUUCGAUGAAUGUCUGGAUUUACACGCAGAUGUCUAUAACAACGCUACAGACACCAUGCAAGCGCUUCAUGGAAAAUAUUGCAGACUGGAAAUCGAUACUGGUGUUCCGCAGAGAAUUUUCUUGAAGCCAAACAUACGGAUCGGAAUGUGCGUGCCCUCGAAAUGUGUGGCAAAGGACCUCAAUCUUCUCGUGGAAAACCUUCAGAUGGUGUUGUUCAAUGACACUUUUCGAUACGAUGCCACCACCUUGUGUAGCGAGAGGAAGCCGCUCGCAAAUGACGCACUCGCUGUCAUAAUUAUCCUAUCGAUACUUGUUGCCUUUAUUCUGUUCGGUACAUUGUAUGACAUCAUAGCGGUUCGAAUGAAAUGUAAUGAACAACCUAAAGAAAACAAACAGAAUGAAAAACGCAACGGCGCAGCAAAUGGAGUGGGAAUGAAAGCUUAUGUCAACGGGGCGUACCUUCCAGCAACGGAGGGCUCGGAACACGAAAAUAAGAAUAACUCCAUAAUCGAAAUGAUAGGUGGACAGUCGAAACCUGUAAUGGAGAGAGUCGAAGACAAUCAAAGAACUUCCAAUUUUGAAACGAAUCAUAAACCAGGAAGCAGUACUAUGGAGAAGACAUUUCUGGCAUUUUCUGCUUACAGUAACGGGGUUAAGAUAUUAAGCACAGUGCAAGGAGCGGGUUCCCUAGGGGCCCUUAAUGGUAUCCGGUUCCUCAGUAUGGCCUGGGUCAUCCUGGGACACACCUAUGUCUUUGCGCUUGGGUUUGAUGCAAACCUUGGUGUGUAUUUUUUCGACGAACUGCAAAAGCCAUCAUUCAGUGCUGUGAACUACGCGUCUGUAUCAGUUGAUUCCUUUUUCACCCUCAGCGGUGUCUUGGUGGCCUACCUGACCUUGAGAGAAUUGAAGAAAGUGGGCGGGAUGAAAGGAUUCAACUGGUUCAUGUUCUACUUCCAUAGGUUCUGGAGGUUGACCCCGCCCUACAUGUUGGUCAUUAUGGUCGGCACUGUCCUACUGCCCUAUAUUGUAUAUGGCCCGUUCUGGCUUGAAGGCGAGUUUCCCUUUAUGAGCGAGUGUCGAAAGACCUGGUGGGUCAACCUCCUUUACAUCAACAACUACGUCCACGCUGAGGAUGCGUGUCUGGGAUGGUCGUGGUACCUGGCAAAUGACAUGCAGUUUUACAUCAUCAGUCCUCUGAUACUCCUGCCGUUGUUCUAUAAUGUGUUUGCUGGUGCAGCCUGCGGUGUUGUCUUCAUCGCGGCUUCAACUGCCGCCAUCUGGGUGAUUGACGUAAAUCACGAGUAUCCCGUUCAGUCCGCCCUGACUUUCGCCCCUCCCCCGAAAGAUUCCCAUUUUUCGAGAAAUCUGUAUCUCCCGAGCUACGCACGCGUUGGUCCUUACGUCCUGGGUCUGUUUGCUGGGUAUCUACUCUACAAAACAAGCUGCAAACUACGCAUUCCCAAGGCCAUAAGCAUCCUGGGCUGGUUCCUGAGUAUUUCUGUGAUUUGCACCGUUAUCUACUCGCCAUACUCAGACGAGCAAAGUCACAUACUGAGCCUACAGGAGUCUGCGGCGUAUCUCAGCCUUCAUAGAACGGGCUGGGGCCUAGCCAUGGCCUGGAUCAUUGUAGCCUGCUGUACUGGCCACGGAGGCUGGAUAAACGAGUUGUUGUCGUGGCGCGGCUUCAUUCCCCUAAGUCGCUUGACCUACUGUGCCUACCUUAUACACCCUCUCGUUAUGGUGACCUUCUACACGAACAGACGACAGCUCACCUACUUCACACAGUUUGAACUGAUCUACCUAUUUCUUGGUCACAUGACUAUGACGUAUGGUCUCAGUUUCAUCGUGUCACUCGUGUUUGAAGCGCCAAUGAUGGGAUUGGAAAAGGCCGUAUUCAGGAAAAGCGGGAAAUAGGAAGAAGACAUCUGCACAUAGGCAAUGCUUUAGGCAUUUGGUCCAAAACUUGUAUAGUAGUAUGAAAUAUGAUGGAAGUUUAUUUUUUGUAUAGAAAAUAGAUUUCAUUAUUGUUAUGAAUGUUCGUUUAACACACACCUGUAACCAUAAUGUUGAAUGUUUUUGAAUACCGAGCAUUAAUAAGAAUACUUCCUGGCCGUGAUCAUAUCAAUUUACAGUGUUUCCUAGAACAUUUUAAGUGUUGUGAAAAGUAAAGCUGAUAGUAGUAUGAUUAUCAUUAUAUACGUAAUCAAUGCAUAAAGCAUAAAGCAAAUUACGCUUGUCCGUAUUCCACCAAGUAAGAAACGUCAACAUCAUUGACAAAUAACACGAUACUGUCGUUUUCUGGUCCCGUAUUAUACUGCUGUCGUGUGUUAAGUGUUAUGUUUAACACAUAUUUUAUUAUAUGUUUUGCUUAAUAUAUUGAUUUUAAGAAAAUAUAUAUUUAUAUUUCAGAAACUUAGCGUAUCUCUGAAACGAAUCGUUCCAAAACAUUUCAGCCGCUUAAGUGCGCUUAUAUUCUAGGAAAUGUAUUUAAUCAUAUAUGCGGUUGAUUUAUAAGGUCAUGUCAAGAUAUGUUUUGUUAAGACUUAAUUAAAUAUAGUGCAUCAAAUAUGGAAUUAAUCGUACAAACAAUAUAGUAAAAGGAAUAUUUUAAGAGCCGCUUUUUGACAAUCUGUACUAGGUCUCGUUCGCUGCGCGGUUCGAAUAAUAUGUGUUUACACAACAAACUUGACGUGAUACGUGUCGUCAGGAAAGCGUCCCAUUAAACGUCGCUUAUCGAUUAUUGCACGAUGUCAAAGUAACGUCAGACAAAAAAAAUCAUAAUUAAAAAGUAUUGUAAUACACUUUGGCUGACUCAUUUAAGGUAGAAAAGCUCACAUAGCAAAUAUUGCGUGUAUAAAAGCAUAAAUUUCAA